AUGGGAUUUUACGCUUUUCAGAAGGUAUCCUACGUUUUGAUUCCAGAUUUUAUUUUUGGAAAACAAGCAUUUCUAGCUCCCUUUUUCUACAACUGUUUCUUCUGGUUUAUCAUAAUUCGAAGCUCCGGAGUCGCUCUUCUUACCUUCCAUCGAUAUCUUGUUAUCGUCAAAUCCUUCUCCAGUUUAUCGAUUUUUAUUCAGAAAUUAAAAUUUUGGAAGAUCAUUCUUAUCUACUGGAUUCCCGCUAUGGUUUUUGAUUCCAUUUUCUAUUCGGACUCGACUGUUCAGUUUGAUAGUGUUGAAAAUUUGAAAAAUAUAGUGAAGUCUGAAACAACUUUGGUAAGACCUCUCCAACGAGAACUUCGUCUGACUUUUCAAGUAUCCCUCCCAUUCGGGGCACAACUCGUUCUUCUCUGUUUCAUGAUAUUUGCAAAUCUGUAUGCAAAAACUGGAAAUACCGAAAUGAUGGUGUACGUUCGUGAUUUUUUCCCGCUCGCCAAUGGUUUCUUAUCUUUUAUCAGUCCAUUCACAAUAAUUUUGUUCAAUCGAGAUUUGACAAAAAGGAUUCGAAAAUUUGCGUGUGGCAGAAGUGUAAAGGACCAGUCAGAGAUAUCGGCGAAAAUUUCAGUGGUUUCAAUCAAAAUGAGAUAA